AUGGCACUGAAGGAGGAGGUGACAAAGUUGAAGUGUGACAGAGAGCAGGACACUCCCCCAGAAAAGCCAGCAGAACAUCCCGCCUCAGACCCGGACCACAGCCUCAACACCAUAAUGGGACAGACAACACAGGACUCACCAACCCAACAGACUCCACCCACUCCUAACAGCCCCCCUGUCAGCUCCCCUGAUAGCUCUCUUGACAACCCCCACACAUCCACUGAGGACACACAAAAGCCAGAGAUUGUGCUCCUCAUUGACUCAAAUGAAUCCCUCUACUUUAACAAGGACAGCUUCUCCACCCUGGAGGGGGAGAGCAACAAUUUCCAGGCUCAGGGACAUAGUUCCCGCAGCAGCGGCAGUCACAGCACAGGAGGGGCCCCUGGCACAGCAUCUCUCACACAGCAGGAUGUGCUCAGUGGGUUGUGUUUUAAGAUAGGAGAUGCACGUAACAACAGCCUCAGUAACAACAGCCUCAGUAACAACGGCCUCAGUAACAACAGCCUCAGUAACAACGGCCUCAGUAAAAACAGUCGCAGUAACAACGGCCUCAGUAACAACACCUGCAGUAACAACACCCGCAGUAACAACGGCCUCAGUAACAACAGCCGCAGUAACAACAGCCGCAGUAACAACAGCCUCAGUAACAACAGCCUCAGUAACAACAGCCUCAGUAACAACAGCGGCAGUAACACCAGCCGCAGUAACAACAGCCUCAGUAACAACAGCCUCAGUAACAACAGCGGCAGUAACACCAGCCGCAGUAACAACAGCCUCAGUAACAACGGCCUCAGUAACAACACCCGCAGUAACAACAGCCUCAUAACAACGGCCUCAGUAACAACAGCCGCAGUAACAACAGCCGCAGUAACAAAACAGCCGCAUAACAACAGUCGCAGUAACAACACCUGCAGUAACAACACCCGCAGUAACAACGGCCUCAGUAACAACAGCCGCAGAAACAACAGCCUCAGUAACAACGGCCCCAGUAAAAACAGUCGCAGUAACAACGGCCUCAGUAACAACAGUCGCAGUAACAACACCCGCAGUAACAACACCCGCAGUAACAACACCUGCAGUAACAACACCCGCAGUAACAACGGCCUCAGUAAAAACAGUCGCAGUAACAACAGCCUCAGUAACAACAGGCCUCAUAACAACAGUCGCAGUAACAACAGCCUCAGUAACAACAGCCGCAGUAACAACAGUCUCAGUAACAACAGCCUCAGUAACAACAGCCUCAGUAACAACGGCCUCAGUAAAAACAGUCGCAGUAACAACGGCCUCAGUAACAACAGUCGCAGUAACAACACCUGCAGUAACAACACCCGCAGUAACAACGGCCUCAGUAACAACAGCCGCAGUAACAACAGCCGCAGUAACAACGGCCUCAGUAACAACAGUCGCAGUAACAACACCUGCAGUAACAACACCCGCAGUAACAACGGCCCCAGUAAAAACAGUCGCAGUAACAACGGCCUCAGUAACAACAGUCGCAGUAACAACACCUGCAGUAACAACACCCGCAGUAACAACGGCCUCAGUAAAAACAGUCGCAGUAACAACAGCCUCAGUAACACAGGCCUCAGUAACAACAGCCUCAGUAACAACAGCCUCAGUAACAACAGCCGCAGUAACAACAGCCGCAGUAACAACAGCCGCAGUAACAACAGCCGAAGUAACAACGGCCUCAGUAAAAACAGCGGCAGUAACAACAGCCGCAGUAACACCAGCCGCAGUAACAACGGCCUCAGUAAAAACAGCGGCAGUAACAACAGCCGCAGUAACAACAGCCGCAGUAACAACAGCCUCAGUAACAACAGCCUCAUAACAACUAACAACAGCCGCAGUAACAACAGCCUCAGUAACAACAGCCUCAGUAACAACAGCCUCAGUAACAACGGCCUCAGUAAAAACAGUCGCAGUAACAACGGCCUCAGUAACAACAGUCGCAGUAACAACACCUGCAGUAACAACACCCGCAGUAACAACGGCCUCAGUAACAACAGCCGCAGUAACAACAGCCUCAGUAACAACGGCCCCAGUAAAAACAGUCGCAGUAACAACGGCCUCAGUAACAACAGUCGCAGUAACAACACCCGCAGUAACAACACCCGCAGUAACAACACCUGCAGUAACAACACCCGCAGUAACAACGGCCUCAGUAAAAACAGUCGCAGUAACAACAGCCUCAGUAACACAGGCCGCAGUAACAACAGCCUCAGUAACAACAGCCUCACCGCCAACAGCCGCAGUAACAACAGCCUCAGUAACAACAGCCUCAGUAACAACAGCCUCAGUAACAACAGCCAUAACAACAGCCGCAGUAACAACAGCCUCAGUAACAACGGCCUCAGUAACAACAGUCGCAGUAACAAAGGCCUCAGUAACAACAGUCGCAGUAAAAACAGCCUCAGUAACAACAGCCUCAGUAACAACAGCCUCAGUAACAACAGCCUCAGGCCUCAUAACAACAGCCUCAGUAACAACAGCCUCAGUAACAACGGCCUCAGUAACAACAGCCUCAGUAACAACGGCCUCAGUAAAAACAGUCGCAGUAACAACGGCCUCAGUAACAACACCUGCAGUAACAACACCCGCAGUAACAACGGCCUCAGUAACAACAGCCGCAGUAACAACGGCCUCAGUAAAAACAGUCGCAGUAACAACAGCCUCAGUAACAACAGCCGCAGUAACAAUAGCCUCAGUAACAACAGCCUCAGUAACAACAGCCUCAGUAACAACGGCCUCAGUAAAAACAGUCGCAGUAACAACGGCCUCAGUAACAACAGUCGCAGUAACAACACCUGCAGUAACAACACCCGCAGUAACAACGGCCUCAGUAACAACAGCCGCAGAAACAACAGCCUCAGUAACAACGGCCCCAGUAAAAACAGUCGCAGUAACAACGGCCUCAGUAACAACAGUCGCAGUAACAACACCCGCAGUAACAACACCCGCAGUAACAACACCUGCAGUAACAACACCCGCAGUAACAACGGCCUCAGUAAAAACAGUCGCAGUAACAACAGCCUCAGUAACACAGGCCGCAGUAACAACAGCCUCAGUAACAACAGCCUCAUAACAACAGCCGCACCGCAUAACAACAGCCGCAGUAACAACAGCCUCAGUAACAACAGCCGCAGUAACAACAGCCGCAGUAACAACGGCCGCAGUAACAACGGCCUCAGUAAAAACAGUCGCAGUAACAACAGCCUCAGUAACAACAGCCGCAGUAACAACAGUCUCAGUAACAACAGCCUCAGUAACAACAGCCUCAGUAACAACGGCCUCAGUAAAAACAGUCGCAGUAACAACGGCCUCAGUAACAACAGUCGCAGUAACAACACCUGCAGUAACAACACCCGCAGUAACAACGGCCUCAGUAACAACAGCCGCAGUAACAACAGCCGCAGUAACAACGGCCUCAGUAACAACAGUCGCAGUAACAACACCUGCAGUAACAACACCCGCAGUAACAACGGCCCCAGUAAAAACAGUCGCAGUAACAACGGCCUCAGUAACAACAGUCGCAGUAACAACACCCACAGUAACAACACCCGCAGUAACAACACCUGCAGUAACAACACCCGCAGUAACAACGGCCUCAGUAAAAACAGUCGCAGUAACAACAGCCUCAGUAACACAGGCCGCAGUAACAACAGCCUCAGUAACAACAGCCUCAGUAACAACAGCCGCAGUAACAACAGCCGCAGUAACAACAGCCGCAGUAACAACAGCCGAAGUAACAACGGCCUCAGUAAAAACAGCGGCAGUAACAACAGCCGCAGUAACACCAGCCGCAGUAACAACGGCCUCAGUAAAAACAGCGGCAGUAACAACAGCCGCAGUAACAACAGCCGCAGUAACAACAGCCUCAGUAACAACAGCCUCAUAACAACAGCUAACAACAGCCGCAGUAACAACAGCCUCAGUAACAACAGCCUCAGUAACAACAGCCUCAGUAACAACAGCGGCAGUAACACCAGCCGCAGUAACAACAGCCUCAGUAACAACAGCCUCAGUAACAACAGCCGCAGUAACAACGGCCUCAGUAACAACAGCCGCAGUAACAACAGCCGCAGUAACAACAGCCUCAGUAACAACAGCCGCAGUAACAACGGCCGCAGUAACAACGGCCGCAGUAACAACGGCCGCAGUAACAACGGCCUCAGUAACAACAGCCGCAGUAACAACAGCCACAGUAACAACAGCCUCAGUAACAACAGCCUCAGUAACAACAGCCUCAGUAACAACAGCCUCAGUAACAACAGCCUCAGUAACAACAGCCGCAGUAACACCAGCGGCAGUAACAACAGCGGCAGUAACAACCGCCUCAGUAACAACCGCCUCAGUAACAACAGCCUCAGUAACAACAGCCUCAGUAACAACAGCCUCAGUAACAACAGCGUCAGUAACACCAGCGGCAGUAACAACAGCGGCAGUAACAACCGCCUCAGUAACAACGGCCUCAGUAACAACAGCCUCAGUAACAACAGCCGCAGUAACAACAGCCUCAGUAACAACAGCCUCACAUGUGGCUGGGAGCCUCUGGAGCCAGAGGGCCAUGUGGAGGGGAAGGUAGAUGCACGACAGCCAACUCCCCGAGGAGAGACAGAGAUGUCAGGCAGGACAGGAGGAUGA